UUUAAGUAUAUUUAAAAGUUUAUCGACCUUCAACUGCGGAUUUUUUCAGCGUGGGUGUUUUAAUCAAAUUAUUACAAAUAAUUAAAAUGGACCCACUGGUAGAGGAAACACAAGAGAAUAUGACGUCGGAGUCAAUGUCAGUGUAUGAAAUACUAAUGAGGUCGGGGCCAGCGAUGAUGCUCCUCACGCUGCUCACCAUAUUCCUCACGCACAAAUGGAUGCAAAAGAAGAAGACGCUGGUCCAAGGCCCAGAGAUUGACCCCGAGGUGCAUAGGGUUCGGAUGGCUGCGGUGCGAGAGACCCGCGAGAGACAACAGCGCGAGUGGUUGGAGGCUUCUAGGAAGAAGAAGGAGGAACAGGAGGAGAAGGAGAGAAAGAAACGCGAAGAGUUGAAAGAAAAAUUAGAGAAGUACGGCACAGCUGCGGGCGGAAAGAAACUGGGCACGCCCGAUGAUGGUUACCUCCCCUUAAGUGGUGGGGGGGCAACGUCUUCGUACAAGCCGCCAAAAAGAUCCGCCUGUUCUAAAGGGGGCUGUGGGAAAUAAACAAUAUACAUAAAGCCCGGCCGUACACGGACUGCUCGAGCAGUUAACGGCUGAGCGACGUACACGGACUGCUCAAGCAGUCGAUGACUGCUCGAGCUGUCGCUAUAAACCGCACAGUUGACGGCUGGAAGCGGUCGCGACUGCUCGAGCAGUCAUGUGUACGGCAGUGAAUUAAUGUCUAUAGUUCACCGCGCGGUCGCGGCUUCAAGCCGUCAGUCUCAACUGCUUGAAGCAGUCCGUGUACGGCCGCCCUAAUAUACCUUUUUAUAUUUAUAAUGUAGGGUACUUGAUAAAAAAAUUUCAUAUCGAAAAUGUGUUCUAUUUUGGAAGUUGGCAUGAACAUGUGAGGUCACAUUACUCAUAUAAUAAAUAAGUUUAUUGCAAAA